AAUUGCCUUGUAGCUUAAAGUUGAAGGAGUCCCCCGGUAUGAAAGUGAUGACCACAGCCUCAGUUUGAAACGUGGGGGAGCACGUGGUGAAGCUAGUCCCUUAUAAAUCUCCCUGCAACCGACCGCCUGUUGAUGUUGUGUACUGGCACGCGCUCGCACGGACCACGGAGGGACUGCGACUUUCUCAUUUGUUUUCACGUAGAAGGGGAUGUAGGAACGCGCUAAAGCUCUUCCGUUGCACUGAAGGGAAAAUACAAUUUCCCCCGCUCCUUUAGUAGUCAUUUUGACAUCUAUCAUCUCGGUCCCUCCACCAGUUGCUACCUUCAUACCUAAACGUUUGAGCGCUAACAGUUUUAUUAAGUUUUGUACUCGACACCCUCCGUGCGCCAGGACGGGGCAACUUUAAAACAGACUGUAAGCUACGGUGUGUUCUGGGACACGGCGAUGCACAGUUCCGCGUGAGGAGCCGUGGGAGUCUAUCUGCUGAGGGAAGUGAAAGGCAGGCUUGUGUGGAGUGGAGUGGAGUGCGGAACUGGGCGCAGUUGGACAGCUUUGGGUGCUCUGAUGCGGUGGAGGUGUGCGCUAACCCGCAGGCUGCGUGUCUGUGUCCAGCUACUGGAGAUUGCGACCUAGUCGGUUGUGGUUUGUUUUGCUUGUGAGUUAGAUCGAGUUUGCCGGGGCAUUUUAUGGUCACAGUUCGGUCUAUGCCAUAAGCCUGACAUUAGAAACUUUUCUGUGACAUUAGUGUAAGGUCACUAUGAAGUGAUCAGGUUUUGUGAAGUGAGGAUACGACUUCGGCGUUCAGCUAUUCAUCUCGUACCUAACGGAUUUUACAGAUCAUUUCACGACUUUGAUUUUUGCUGGUUGAAUGGAUUUUCAGGUAUAAUUUAAACUAUAGAGCUUGAGGUUGAUCCAUAAUAUACAAAGUAUUAGUGACAUUAGCGAAACGAAAAGGGUUUAAAUAACUAACAAAGGGAAUCACGAGAGAAUAUAUUUUAUAGUUUGUUUUUAUUUAGUACACGUCGAAAUGAGUAUAUCCUUAUAUUUAAUUUAAGAAGUGUCAGUAGUAACACGUCACCAAAAUCAGUUUUUGUAGAAUCAAGACGCUGCUGCUUUGUAGACCGUUUGGAGAGUUAAAGAUGAACUUCUGCGUCCUGAGUCUCCUUCUGACCCUGGAUUUAGCCACUGUUGCCCUCAGCCUGUCCACAUGUAGUACGCUGGACAUGGACCAGUUCAUGAAAAAGCGGAUCCAAGCUAUUCGAGGGCAGAUCCUGAGCAAACUCAAGCUGACUAGCCCGCCGGAGACUUACCCCGAGCCCGAGGAGGUGUCCCGGGACAUCAUUGCAAUCUAUAACAGCACCCGGGACCUGCUGAAUGAGAAAGCCAACGAGCGGGCAGCGACCUGCGAGCGUCAGCGCAGCGAGGAGGAGUACUACGCAAAGGAGGUGCACAAAAUUGAUAUGCAGCCUUUCUACCCGGCCGAGAUAACAAGAAAGAGCUGCCCUGGUCAACUCUGGACUCCACACAAAAAUUACGUCAUCUCUCCUACGCACUACAACCGCUACUUCAGACGCCUGAGGUUUGACGUGAGCUCCAUGGAGAAGAACGCUUCGAACCUGGUGAAGGCUGAGCUCAGGGUCUUCAGGCUGCAGACCCCCAAGGCCCGCGUCUCAGAGCAGAGGAUCGAGCUCUACCAGAUCCUGAGCCAUAAGGCCCUGACGUCGCCGACCCAACGCUACAUCGACAGCAAGGUGGUACGCACGCGCACCGAGGGGGAGUGGCUCUCGUUUGAUGUCACCGAGGCCGUCAGCGAAUGGCUGCUGCACAGAGACAGAAACAAUGGAUUCAAGAUCAGCCUGCACUGUCCCUGCUGCACGUUUGUGCCCUCAAAUAACUACAUCAUCCCCAAUAAGAGUGAGGAGCUGGAGACACGCUUUGCUGGUAUUGACGACAGCUUUGUGCCCGGCGGUGAACUGUUUAAGAAGCGGCGCCACAGUGGCCAGGCCCCCCACCUCCUCCUCAUGCUGCUGCCCUCGUACCGCCUCGAGUCCCAGCACAAGAGCCACCGGCAGAAGCGCGCUCUGGACGCCGCCUUCUGCGCCAGGAACGUGCAGGACAACUGUUGUCUGCGUUCACUCUACAUCGACUUUAAGAAGGACCUCGGCUGGAGGUGGAUCCAUGAGCCCAAAGGUUACCAUGCCAACUUCUGUGCUGGCGCUUGCCCCUACCUGUGGAGCGCCGACACCCAGCACACCAAGGUGCUGGGUCUGUAUAACACCAUUAACCCCGAGGCCUCAGCCUCCCCCUGCUGUGUGUCCCAGGACCUGGAGCCCCUCACCAUCCUCUACUUCAUCGGCAAGACUCCCAAGAUAGAGCAGCUCUCCAAUAUGAUAGUCAAGUCCUGCAAGUGCAGCUAGGAACCAGAAACACACUAACACACACACACACACACACACACACACACACACACACACACACACACACACA